AUGGGCAACGGCAACAAAGUCCCCGACGCCUGGGAUGACGAUGACUGGGAGGUGCAGGCCGACCGAGCAGCAAAGGAGGUGCCAGCAGCUCCAGCAGCUCGAGAACCUCCAGCGCCUCUGUCCCGGGCCGAACGCUUAGCAAAACACGCUGAGGAGCAGCGCAAACUUUGGGAGUCAGCAGAAACCCGCUCUGAGCCGGCGCUUUUCCUCCCUCCCCCAGCUAACGCCGUCCCCCUCACAACCCCCUUUAAACCAGCUGUUAAACUCCUGAGCCGCAAACCCGCGCCGCAGGUUGUCACCCGACGGGAUCCCAUCACCGGACUCGAGCAAUUGACAGUCCGAGACGACGACGACGACGAAGACGACGCCGAUAAGAAAAAGCAGGAGACGCCUGAAGAAAUCCGCAAACGGCAACAGCGCGAGCUAGAAGAGAAGCAGAGACGGUACGAGGAGGCACGGGCCAAGAUCUUUGGUGAAUCCAAACCGAAGUCGAAUACUUCCUCGGGCCAGUCAUCGCCGCGCACGGGGACACCGCCGUUAGGAGGUGGUGGAGGGGAGGGGAGACAAAAUUAUAGGGGUAGGGGGAGAGGAAGAGGCGGGCGAGGAGGGGGACGAGAUCGGGAUCGAGACCGGGACCAAGAAAACAUGCGGCAGGAUAGGAGACAGCCGAAUGCCCAGCAACCAGGAGGCACAAGGGAACUGUUUGACCCAGGCUAUUCACCUAAACCUGGGGGGUUCAACAGCCAAAAGCGCGGUGAUGCUUCUCCUCAGCUCGGGAGCCGGACGCCCCGGGAGGAGGACCAAAUCAUACGUGCACCUAGGGGACCAGACGGCAGCGGAAGAGGAGGGUUCGGGUUUGCGAGGCGCGGAGAUUCUAAAGGUUGA